UAUUUUCAAAUCCAAAACUUGACAGGUAUGAAUCAAACCCCUGAAAUCCAGUCAUGGCUUUUGGUUUUGAUGUGUCACCCCAAGAUUUUCAUCUGGCCGCCUCUUAAAAAAUGUGAAAGAACACUAGCUAGACAAAAUGCAUUGCUCCACUGAUUUGAUUGUUGGAGGUGCAGUGACUAGGGUUAAAAAACCAGUGCCAACUUUAGUGUUAUUUAGUGUCAUUUCAGUAGGUUUUGUCAAAAUAAAAUUGAAAAUACAAAUAAUGGCCCAACUAUGUGAUGAGUGGGCAAUUACAUACAGUUUGUUGGCUCUGAAGAACACAUAUCUUUCUAUGAUGUUGAAAUCAGAUUUAACUUUGCUCAAGUAUCCUGCCAGUUGUGAAUAGGACGGAGCUGUCAGGACAAGUAAGCUUGGAAAUACUUGGUGUGGUGCUCUGGGCUGUGUCUGAUAUUGUGAUUAACUGGUAGUUCUGUCUUUGCUGGAACUAAAAACGAAUCUAUGGAAGAAAUGAUAGACUUUGAAACUUGAGGUUGAAGCCAGUCAUUCGUGGAGCAUUUACCAUGAGAGCAUAUCUAAACGUAGAGUUAUAUUUAAGGUUGUCUGUCCGAUAAGCACUCUCAUGACCUCACGACGGAGAGAUAGCGUGGAGCAGGCUUUGUAACAAAAGUAAUCAUUCCUAAUGUUCCCAGGCUCUUUACAGUGAGGGGACAUCAUGGAACUACUGAAACUAAACUUUAACUUUUCUUUUAAGCAGCACAGACCCGUUAAUAUUACCCAGUUAAUAUUAAAAUCACUUUUAUAGGUACUUCAUGUAUUUUAUAAGAAACACUUCCAGGCUUGUUUUUGCUCAUUCGUCACAUUCCUCUGUCAUUUUUUUCCGAGAAGAUUGCUGUCUGUUGAACAAGUUCAUGCAACUUUUUUGGCUUUAAUUCAGUUUUACUGCUCAGUCUGCGACAGGCUACAACUCUACUGAACUUUGUUACUGAUAGGAAUGUCUAAUGCAGUGUUCAGGAAACCACACUCAAAUGAAAAUAUAAUAAAAACGAUCAAUAAAAACAUAUAGUUGCUGAUCAAACUACAUUAUCAGCCUAAAUCUAACAAAUAUUAUCUAAAAUAGAAAGAGUAUGUGCAUCAUUUAGGAAAACAUUGGUCUUGAAUUCAAGAUUAAAUAUCAUCUGCUGAUGCUUCCUGUAUCCUACACCCCUUGAUUUCACUCUCUGUGGUUUGCAAACAGAUGUUACAUAUUGCUGCCAGUUUUGGUUGCAGUGAAAGUCAUUCAAAUAUAGCGUUUGUUUUUUGUUCCCCAAUUUGGUUAAAUACACCGACACAUUCAACCAUCUUUUUCCUUCUAUGGCUCAGUCAAAACACAUUUACUGUUGUGCAGGUGGUGCAGGUUUACUGUGGUCCAAAGCCUAUAAUCAACUGCACAUAUGAAUACAUUUAUUUAUGUAAUAAAAAGAUCAAGAGACAAAGAAAUUAAAAGUAGACAAAUUAACGCUUCAUGACAAGUCCCUGCAGAUUCACCGCACAGAGACACUGACCAUGUCCUACUAAGUACUAUUAUCCUUGUUAAGAUUAGUUAUCCUCUGCAGUCACACAUUUUAUUUUAUCCUUCCCUGUCCAGGAUUACAGAACAUUCUUGGCUUCUUCUUCUGUGUGGUUCAUUAGAAGGAAUGCUUUAAUCUGCAGGACGAGUCUGCAGGUCUGUUCUUCUCUGCGGCUGACAGACAGUGAUGAAGAUUUAGCUCACAUAUUUAACUUUGCCAAACCUCUGGAAGGAGAUGAACAGUUUCCAAAUUGCACUCACUCUAGUAUACUUUACCAAGUUAAACUUGAUGGAAAACUGUUCAUGUUGGGGUCACUGAUGAGGUGUGUUAUUGAAAGGGUGAACAACAAACAUUAUUUUCAGAUAAUUUAAUAUUCCCUGUGUUUUUAAGACUCCUGUAAAGGCGGUGCUCAUCUAACCCUCUGUACUUGCACACGCAUGCAAUCAUUAACCCAUAGUAGGUGUAGCUGGUGCUAGGGUAUUUGAAUUAUUUGCUCUCUUGUUUGCUGAAGCACUGAAGUCAUGUAGAACAGUGAAAAACACAAUCUCAUGCAGUGGCUGCAGAGUAGAUUGUGGGCAUUUGUCGUCACAAGAAACUGACUCACAUUUCUUAACUAACAAUAAAGACCAGAUAUUUAAAACUUUCUAGGUCACUUUGUUCUCAACUGUCAAGGACCUUUUCUGUGUUAAAAUAAGCAGUGAUAACUACAGCAUGUGUGGUUCAAACAGCUCUGCUCUUGUUUGAAUGGUUUCAUGAAUUGCUCUGAAACAGAGGGGUGAAAUAAGAAACCUGGGCUGUUUGAACUAUAACUUGUGGUCUGUGUAUGAGUCAGGUAGAGCAGGUUUGUCUGUAAAGUUAAGCUGAUGUUCAUGAAUAUUCUUUCUCACUUGUUUUACUUUAUCACAGGGGUGCGGCAUGUCAGCGGAAUAGAUAUUUACACUCCGACAGAGGUGGAAGCAGUCAACGGGACCAAUGUUAAACUGAAGUGCACUUUCAAGUCCAGUGCGCCAGUGUCGAUUCAGUCCGUCACAGUGUCCUGGAAUUUCCGACCCAUAAAUUCAGGAUCAGAGGAGUCGGUGUUUUACUACCAUGAGGUACCAUACCCUCCCCAGCAAGGGCGUUUUAAAGGCCAUGCGGUGUGGUCGGGAGAUGUUACCAGAUACGAUGCUUCCAUCUCCCUGCAUGAGGUGCCUCCGACCUUUAAUGGCACCUACAUCUGCCAGGUGCGCAACCGUCCAGAUGUGCAUGGCAGAAAUGGAGAGAUCACCUUCAGAGUCGUCAACAAAGUUUCCCUCUCUGAGAUCAGCAUCUUGGCAGCGGCGGUUGGAGGCGCCUGUGCUGUCAUACUGAUCCUGCUGGGUAUCUUCGUGGCAGUGAGGGUCUGCAGGAGAAAGCACAUGGAAUUCGACCCUGAGAUGCAGCCGCGGGAACACGAGCGGAAGGACCCGACUGUGUGUUCACCUGAAGAGGCCGUUCACCUGAUGGCUGUGUCAAAGAAGAAAGAGGCUGAUAGUUCAGAUGAUGAAGAGUCUGAAGGCAGCAGUGGAGAUGAUGAUGAAGAGGAAGGCCUUGACGGUGAUGACGAUGAUGAUGACGAUGAUGAUGACGACGACGACGAUGAUGAUGGUGGUGAUGAUUUAAUCGACAUACUCGAAUGAUUAGAACUGUCUUUCCUGUUUUACCAUCAGACUCUUUUGCUAUUUGUUUACAUGAUUUAAAUGUUUAGAUGAUGCGUAAUUUAUUGUACUUUUUUAGAGUUCAGUGCUUCAUGGUUUCUGAAUUACAGCAAACGUUAAGAGAGUACUCCACUGAUUUAGCAUUGCACUCCUACGACACUGCCGGACUCACGAUGUAAUUAAAAAAAGCGUCAAAUCUGAAGCAGUAGAAUCAGAAAUAUCGUCCUUUUUAUUAAACACCUUCCUUGUCCAAUGAUGGAACCCAUCGGUUAUCGGUCGGAGGACAAGAACCCUCUGGGGGCAGCUGCCAAUAUUUUAGGAGAUCCAGUGUAGCCAGCUGUUACGUGGGCCAAGACUGUCAUAGGGUAAUCUCUAUAAACAGAUAUGUGCAUGUCAGUGCAGACAUAAAAAACAACAAAAAACAUAUAUAAAGCAAAACGCCAUCACACAAUAGCUGAUGAGUUCUGAGAUUGCAUUUUGGCCAAUGCAUUCUGCAUCUCCACACGGACUGUCUACCUGUCACUCAAACGUGAUUCGUUAACACUACUCGGACUACAGUGGACAACAAACGGAAUCCAGAACACUUCUGAUAUCAAGAUCUUGCCCCUCUGCCUACAGAUCCUGCACACUUGUGCAGAUAUCUGUUUAUAGAUAUUAUUCCAUGUCAAAGCCUGGCGCCUCCAUUACCCACAAUGCUCCUCAUCUGUCAACAGUUUGGUCAGAGAUCCGCGUGUGUAAUUGCUUGUUGCGGCUAAUGUAGCCCCGAGCUUCUAGCCGCACUCAAAAAUGAAAAGCAGGCUGCAGAGAUACGGCAACUUGUUUCUAACACCCAGGUUUUUUUCAUUUUCAAACUCAUCAGUGAAGACCCAGUUUUCAGCCCCGACUGACACUGACUCCAGUGACAUCAUGUGAGGCAGUUUAUCUGACUAAUCACAGCUCCCUCUGCAGCCACAAAAGGCUUUUAUAGCAUACAAUUGUUUUUCACAUGCAGUAGCACCCCCCACCUGUCAGCAGAUUGAUAUGUAAAUGGGCGGAGUUCCCCUUUAAUAUCUGUGUGUUUUAUGGAUGUAGAUUAGUGGAUGUGAGUUUGUUGUACAUGACUGCUGUUAACUUUGCUCCUUUGUGCUAAUUUGACUGGAUUUCCAUACAGCUACUGCUGAAAAUCCUUUGCCUUCGAUCAAUGUUGUUGAAUUUUCAUGUGGAAUAAAUGAAUUAUAGAUUUUUAAAGAGAAGAGCCAGCGUAAUUUGGCUCAUAGCUAAAACCACCCCGUACUAGUGCAGACAGUGUUUGUGCAACUGCGGUGUUGCCAGAGUAAAUGUUUCCUUGUUGGUUCAAUAAAACGAAACCAAAAUUUGAAUAAGAAACAGAUCAACUGUUUCACUGUGUGUCUUUGCAAAAGGGUUUGCAUGCUGCUGGAAAGGAAACAGGAGAGUGAGGUGCUGUUGUGAGAUUUAUGAGUGAUAAACAGGUGUUUACUACGUUGGAAACGCUGUGCGAGUGAUUUUGUAUUUAGAUUUUGUACAUAAUGUAAAAUGAGCAGAACUUUACACUUUCUGUAAAUUAAAGUCCUGAUAUGUCAUAUCUGUCUCUAUUUAGCAACACUGCAAUAAAGAACUGUUUUUUAAAUGA